GGGCAGCACUCUCUCUAUAUAUACACGCCACGGCAGCCUGAGUGAUCAAGCAAUAGUAAAAAGUCUGUUUUAUCAAGCAUUCCAAGCCGUCUGAUCGAUCGUAUAUUAUAUAUGUAUAAUGGCCGACGGAGGGGAUAAGGAACGGAGGAUCCUGGUGGCCGUCGACGAAGGCGAGGAGAGCAUGCACGCUCUCUCGUGGUGCCUCAACAACGUGGCGAAUUCGGCAGAUACUAUCGUCCUGCUCUACGCGAGGGAGCCUCGGUCGGUUUACUCGGCCCUGGACGGAACAGGAUACCUGUUUUCGUCGGAGAUAGUGGCGGCAAUGGAGAGGUUCGUCAACGAGGUGGCGGAUUGCGUGAUGGAGAAGGCCAAGAGGCUCUGCCGGGAGGCCGCUCCCCGUCACGCGGUUAAGGUGGAGACUAGAGUGGAGACCGGAGAUCCAAGGGACGUGAUCUGCCAAGCGGUGGAGAAGCUGGGAAUUGACAUGGUGGUGAUGGGAAGCCACGGAUACGGCCUCAUCAAGAGGGCAUUUCUUGGAAGCGUGAGCAACCACUGUGCACAGAAUGUCAAGUGCCCGGUUUUGAUAGUGAAGAGGCCGAAAUCAACAUCUAAGACCAAAUAAUCUUUGCUAAUUCUACUGUACUCUACUCUUUUUUUUUUUUUGUAUGUAUGUAUGGUUUAUGGUUGUCAUGUCAUGCUUUGUUGUUUAAAUUCUCAAGAUGUUUUUUUUUUUUUUGUGUGUGUGCUUGUAAUGCCGUCUCAUACUUGAAACUUUUCCUUUUAUGUAUUUGGCUAUUUU